UUGAUGGUUUCAGCAUACUGUCAUUUCCAUGACAACACCACUUUUUGAUCCAGAGCUUCUGAAGUCCGUGUCAUCGGAACUUUGAUUUCUGGGUAUAUUUCCAUCCCUAUUCAGCCCUCUUUCUUUGUUGCCUUUUCAAACCAUGAGUGAGAAUCUGUUUCUCAGGGCUGUGAAGGGUGAGAAAGCCACAGUUGUUGUGCUCCGUGGGAAGAACCUUACAACUGUGCCCUCUUUGGUGAGAAAAUUGUGUCACCUCAAGACUUUGGACCUCAUGUCCAAUAAGAUCUCCAAACUGUGCCCAGAAUUUUUCAGCUUGACUAAGUUGAGAAAACUAAAUUUGGGAAAUAAUCAAUUAGAAGAAGUUCCAGAAGAGCUGAUGUUCCUUAAAAACCUGGAAAUCCUCCAUUUAUUUGAAAAUUUAAUAAAGUCAUUUUCACCUAAAUCAUUUGAUGGCUUAGAGAAUUUGAACAUUUUGAAUCUGAAUCACAACAAGCUUAAAACGAUUCCUCCAGAAAUAAACAGAUUACAGAAUCUUAAAAGCUUGAGUUUAAACAAUAAUCAGCUAACUGAUAUUCCUAAGGAACUUUGUUCCCUGGCUUGUCUUUCUGAAAUUCAACUAAACUACAAUCAAAUUGUUUCCAUCCCUGAAGAAUUUAAAUCUAUGAAGAAUCUCAGAAAGCUGUCCUUGGCAAGAAACCUCAUUGAUGUAUUCCCAAUGGUGCUCUGCUCACUGAGAAAUUUAAAAACAUUAGAUAUAGCUGGAAACUUUAUUCAGAUGCUUCCAAAAAAUAUUUGGUGGAUGGGACUGGGAGAAUUCUACUGCGAAGAAAAUCCAUUUCUGAAGAGAUUGCCAAUUUUUGUUGAGCAGAAGGAGGAAGUUUUGCCUCUGAAGGAAAUUGCAGCAAGAUAUAUCAUGAAUCAGAUAAGCGAGGAGGACCCAUUGUAUCAGCGAUAUGUAACACGUUACCCAGAAAUCUUGGAAAUACUUGCUAACGACAGGGAAUGUGUGUCAUGUGGAAAAUGCAUUCUGUCCUCAGGGAUAGAUUGUGUAAUUUUUAUUUCUCCAAUGAAGAAUUGGAAGACAAGUGCUGAUGUAAAGGAACUACCUCUAGAAACUGUGAUGUGCUCCCAAACUUGCUUUCAAAACCGAUCUCCUCAUCUCUUUCGACUUCUGAAACCCUAAAACAGGCAAACAGUUCAUUAAGGACAUUCAUCAACUUGCCUUCUCUUGGUUUGAUUUACCUCCCCAGAUGAUCCACUUCUUAUGACUUGGUGCUGAAUCUCUCCUCUUAAUUUAAACAAGGUCAAUAAAUGGAAGAAAAAAA